CGCAGUCCUCAACUGAGAUCUCGCCGACUCCUUGAAGGGCCUAUAUAAGCUACACAUCAUCUCCCUCUUCCGUCUCUCUUCCGCAUCCCUGCAUCUUCUUCACCCGUGUUCUAUUAGCAUCCAGCAUUUCUUUGCAUUCUGUCUACAGCGUCGCAUCUUCGUACCCCAAAGCACUCCCGCACUCUCGUCUCUCUGCAUUCACCGCGCCUAACAUUGAUAAACUUUCUCCACGCCAAGCAUCGAAAACAACAAAUCACUCUUGCCAGCAAUACCUCUUGGCAUUGACAUAUCAACAACACUUUGCUACCCCAAUCCUCCCCUCGUUCCUUUCUGUUUCACGACCCCACACUCGCCACUUACAGCAGCCCUCGUUUAAAACAUCAAGGAACAGUCUCAAGCACGCGUCCAGCGACACCUCAAAUUCAUAUUACACAGCACACAAAUACCCUCACAAUGGGACGCAAAGCAUCAGACGGCUGGUUCUCGGUCAGCCUAGACGAGCCCUAUAUUCUCACCCCAGACCCUUCACCAUCAUCAUUAGAGCCAGUAUCCGUUCCCCAUCAGGUUCGCCUCAAUGGCGCCAUCAUCCUUCGCCUCACUAAACCAACAAAAGUAAAGUCGUUAUCUCUGACCUUCUCUGGGCAUGCAAGGACCACGUUCUUCUUUGAUUCAUCCAACAUCCCAGGUGCAAAGCCAUGUGUUUCCAUUGACAAACACCACUACGGAUGCACCCUGACCGAGCAGAAGGAGACCCUCUUGUCCUGCAUGGCCUCGGAUAUGCAUCUUCUUCCAGUAGGAACCCACAGGCUCCCGUUCUCCUUCGCCAUCAAUGAGCGUCUCCCUGCCGUAGUCUCCUCGGUCCCCAUCGCCGUACAUUACCAAGUGAUAGCCUCGCUCCAGUUGGGUUCCUUGUUGCCUUUCGUGUCGCCCCACCAUAUUAUUAAGCCUGUGAUCUUGCUCCAACGCGACGAGCUCCCUUCAGAUGACAUGUUUAGCACGACGGUCAUACGCGUCAAGUCCAAGGAUACGGAGCGUCUGUCCAGCCACAUCAGCAUCCCAUGCUCGGUCUUCCCCCAAGGUGGCAUCAUCCCGUUGACGCUGAAUCUUUCCCUCAGAGGCAACGCGACGACGGCCACCAAGGUCACAAUCGAGUUGAUAGAGUCCAUCUAUGCGCGUCCACAUGGGGCUUCCGGUCCGCAGUCUGAUAUCCUCAUCGACGAACGCUUGGUCACCAGGCAGAACUGUCCCGUCCACGACUGGCCCUCCUCUACAACGGAGGAACCAGUCUUGGUCCCCAAACGGCUCAUGUUCAAGGUCCCUCAACUGCCUCUCUCGGCUUGGUCAAAAGACGACGCCAUUGCUAUGUCGAACGUACGACCAAGCCUCGACAAGGGGUUCUGUCAUGCCUCGGGCAUGUACACGAACUCGAAUGUCAGGAUUGCACACUUUCUUCGCGUCCUUGUCCAAGUCCGCGGAUUGAGCAGUGAUGCCGGGUCGACGAUCGAACACGACUCUGGAGAGAACGAGGCUCGGGUGUGGAUCGUCGGUAACCAAGAAUACAAGGACGAUGAGAUGAACCCGCCAAGUUAUUACCGAUCCUUCUCAACCAAGCUUGUCGAGGGCGACAAGAUCCACGAGAUUGACCAGCUAGCCAUCGAGGCCCUCCAAGAUGAGCUGCCGGAGUCAGUGGUGCCACCCUGUUACGAGGACAGCUGUGUUGGAUCCUCUGCCAGAACUUCGCCCAUGCUGACCUCGUGGCCGAAUCACAGCCAAACCAGCCUGGACCAGUUCAGUUUGAUUGAGAGUCUCGGAGAGAGUGCCACUAGUGCAGUCAGUCAUGAUGCCUAUGCGCAUGAUCUUGCUGCGUACACUCAGCGAUACUCCUAUGCUAAUGCUGCAGUUCUUGCAAUAUAAUAAACCCAUCGCAUAAAAUAAAAAAAAAAUAAAAAAAAGCUUUUCACCG